AAGCGGCGGCGGCCAAGAGGAGGAGGAGGAGGAAGAGGAGGCGACGGAGCAGCAGCCACGGAGCAGGACCGCAGCAUGUAGCGUGUCCAAGACCAGCGGCGACCUAGAAGGCUCUCAUGGACCACGAUGAAGGCAAAUCCCAGCUCCUGAUAAGGCAGAGGAGACCCGAGGGCUCCCUCACAGCAUGGAUCUCCCCGAAGAGAGUCUUGGAUGUUGAUGGCCACAAAAAAGCAUUUGCGUUUGGGGAUUUUUCAGUUCAUCCGUGCAAAUAAAAAUUUAAAAACAUGGAGGGUCACAUCAGGUUCCAAAGCUGCCAGAAGAAUCCUAGAGGAGCAGUGAAAAAGGCCUUCGGCGAAUCUUCCCUCUCUCCUACGACGCCAUGGUUGCAAAGUCAAAAACCAUUGUGCCCCAUAUCAACAGAGGAGCUAUCCAAAGAAGACGAACGUUUCAACGAGGUCACGUUUCUCUGUUUUGCUAAUGAGACUGCUAUUUCACCCAAGGACCUGGCGACCGUCUCGGGGGGCCUUCCAGAGGUUCUGAAAUCAAGUCCCUGGUGCAGCCUGCAUGACCAGGAAGCUCUUUUGCUGAAGGAUACAUGCAAACCGGCGGAGGGUGGUGACGCCUUCAGGCAAAAGAAGUGUUGUUCACGGGUAUUGUGCGUGAUGAGAUUGUCGUCUUCGUUUCCGAGGCCGACGGGGGAUGCCGUAUUUACUCUGCUGAGCAAGUACACGGCCGCGAUCAGAUGCAGUGAGGAGAUGCGCUCGUUUCCCAAACAGGCCCCGGACUCCACCCACCCGGAGAAUGAUGACACCAAUCAAUCGGUCUCCUCCAUCGAAGACGAUUUCGUGACCGCGUUGGAACACUUCGAGGAAGAUGAGCCGGCAAAAAUGAUCCAUAUUGAACCUGAGAAGAGUCAAGAGGUUUCUCCAAAGUCCACCUUUGCUCAUCCUCUCAAAUCCAACGAUCAAAAGUCCUUUGUCAGUUCUGUGUAUCGGAGGCCAUCGGUCAAGUCCUCCAUCUCCUUGGUGAACAUCUUAGAACUUGAAGAAUUGUCAUCUUCCGUGAGAAAUUCAGUCUCCACUUCCAUUUCUGAUCCUUGGAUACAGAGAAGCUUUUUCAGGCCCCAUAGUUCUUCGGAUCGUGGUGUUAAUCUUUUGCACAAAACCUUAUUUUCUUCCUCUCCGGCCGAUUCGUCCGAAUCGGACUGUUCUAGUCCAAGCCCUGUCAUAUUUUUGGAUGAAGAAGGGUAUCAAAAAAGUUUGAAGGCAAAGCUUCAGCUGCCGAAAAUCCCAGUAGGGAAAGACGGAGUUGAAGAUUCCGACUCUGAAGUCAGUGAGUUUUUUGAUAGUUUUGACCAAUUUGAUGACCACGAACAAAUUUCGGGAAAUAGUUCUAAAGGUUCUAGAGAUCCCACCACCAUAAGUCAUACGUUGCAGAAAAGCGUCGUUUCGUGUCAGAAGUCCUGCUCCACCUCAACAUCAAUGAAUCCUCAAAAAUUCAAGUGUGAUCGUCCAGUUCUUCCAGCCAAUGUAAGGAAGCCAACUCCUCGCAAGCCAGAAUCUCCAUACAACAAUCUCUUGGAUGUCCCAGAUUCUCCCCGCCUGAUCAAAAACCCAACUGAUGAUCACACGUCCUUGUUCAGCCCCAUCAGAUCUUCUGCUUUCAGUCCGCUGGGCAGUUGCUUUCCCACAGAAUGCCUCUGUCGAAUGAAUCGAGAUGCCUUCAGCCAGAACCACAACCUCGUCUAUCACACCUACUCGGAUUUUGCAAAUAAUAUUUCCUUUGAAAUUCUGGGUUCUGUGUGUAAUGCGAGGCCACCCUCAUUGUGUAGAUGCACACAGGAGAUUAUCAGCCAGGGUAGGAUCGUCCUGGGAGAAGAGAAAGACCGGACGACAAAAAUCCAACGAGACAUAUCUAGAAAAGGACUUCAUAAGAAAGAUAAAUCCAAACAUAACCCAGGAGUGAUUAAAGAUCACAUCCAGAAAUUUGCUUCAGAGCUAGUGGAAACAAGUUUUGGAAGUGCGUUUAAAGAUCUCCAGAAGGGUGUUUCUUCGUGUACCAAUGCGUUGUGUCAGUUGGCUGCUAAGUUGACUUCAUCAGUGUUCCAGAUGGCCUUCUACGAGAUCGGGAGGCAGCAAGCUCUUUUUCUGAAGAAGAAAGCCAUUAAUGGUUUAGCAGGAUUUUUGGUGAGUGAAGCCGUUACCGGAGCUUUGAAAGAACUGUACUCCGUGAAGCAACAAAUGUUUACCAACACCGUUACCAAAUUUGCAGCAAACCUUGCCGAGGAACUGAUAUUUGAAGGGAUAAUGGAAGUUUGUCAGUUUUCACAUCCGCCGACACCCACGGCGUCCCAUCAGGGCUCCUUCCGUUACAACGAUAACGUCAUGUGGUCCUACGCGGAAGACUUGUCUGAAUCUGUCAUCCAGGAUGCUUUUAUUGAGCUAUCGCAGGUUGACGUGAACUUCACCUCGCAAGCUGCAAUCAGUGUUUCCGUGGACAACAUAAAAUAUGUAAGCAAGGAAAGGGCGCUGGAGUUAACCCACACAUCCAAUGGUUCUUCUGAGUUUUGUGAGAACAUGCCAGUAGCCUUGAACCCUGUUUGGGAAUUCAGAAAGGAACACACCAUUAAUCGAGCCUUGUUCUACACAACGGGCAUUGCGAGUUCAAUUCCGGUGCCCUUAGCUGCAAGCAUCCUUUCUCACCAUCAGAUUUUAUGGAAGGAAGCCAAAGUCAAGAAUCCGUUGGCAUCUGAGACCAAGCUUUCCUUCUACAAAGGGUCCCCAGAAAUGUGUUGUGCCACCAAAAGGAAUCAAAGCGAAGUGUCAUCCCUUAGAAAUAUCUACCUGACUACUGAUUUCACACCAGACAAUGAAUGCAAUCCACCCAACCAUCCCGAGGCCAGCAAACUUGCAGAAAUAUCGAGCCUCAAUAACUUUUCUGGAACGAUGGUCGAUAUGAUCGUAUCAGAAGCCUAUGAAGCCGUCGCUUCUUCCAGGGUUUCUAAAUCGGCAGAGCAGUACACGGAUGUGCUACAAAUGAAGGAUGCCCCCUGUUUGCAGUGCAUCGGGAAGGAUUCCUGCAAGAAUAUGUUUGCUAAUUAUUUGGCCAAACGGAUCAUAAAACAGUCGGUUGAUGAAACGAAAUUGGCGUGUUCGGCUACGGGUGAGAAAUUAGCCUACUGUGUUGGGUUGGGAACCCAUGCCGGAAGCGAUAAGAAGGAAUCUCGGGGCGCAGCCAAACAAGGGGACAAAACGAAGACCAUCCCAGUUAUCGUGGGUCAACAGCAGAUGCCUUUAAACAACAUAUCGAAAUUUCAUAUCUCUAGCACUUCUUCUAAUCGUUGUUUGAUGUUGGGGUGUAAAGAUGGAGUUCAGGAAAGAAAGAACCGGGCAGCUUGCAAGCUAUCCGCAAAUACAAUCUCUCCUACGGUGUCAUUUGUCAAAUCUAAGGAGCAGGUUCCAGAUGUGGAAGGCAGUUCAGCAAUACCUUUCAGUAACUUACUUGAAAAACAGAGCGAGUUGGAAGGCACAGGAGAUUCUGCGUUUAGUCACAAAAUGCCUUUUUUGGAAAUAAAUAAUUCUUCCAUGGUGUCCACUUGUGAAGAUGCACUUCAGCUGGAAGAUAAAUUGAAUGUCAGAGACAGAAAUCUUCUCAUGGUACCAGAAACACCACCCUCGACACCUUUAAUAGCUUCUCAGGCGAAUUCGGAGUGGAAUUUAAGGAAAUUAACCCAAACACUGAAAGGAGAAUUAGCAAAGGAAUUUGCGCCUGCUACUCCCCCUUCGACUCCUUACAUACAGGAAACAGAUGGAAUAUACACUCCAGAAUGUGAAAAUGUCGAAAAGGAAGAAUUUAUGUUGAAAUUAAUGCGUUCUCUUUCCGAAGAAGUGAAAAACAAGGAGGUUGAAGAACAUUCUGAAACACUGUUAGAGCAAAUUCAACCUUCGGGACCGACAAUAGAGUAUGCUGAUCAUCUAGCUGCUCGUAUCGUAUCUAUGGCAACCGAACAAGCCACUUCACGUUUUGAAGAUAAAGCUGUUCCGAUGGAGAAGAAGAGAUACUUUCAAGUAAGCACGGAAGACCAGAAAAGUAGGUGUUCCACGUUUGUUAAGGUUCCAGAAAAACACACACCUGCUUUGUGGAUUUACGCCGGUGAAAUGGCUGGGAGGGUCAUUUGGGAAGCGAAGAAAAGGCUCAAAUCAAGACAUUGUAAACUUCUGAACCUCCGUCACAUUAAUUGCGAGGGCGAUGGGUGUCAGCCUAAAAGAAAUUACCACGAAUGUUGGUUGAAAGACAAAAGACCAAAGCUCUCUUCUAGAGAACCAGAUGGUUGCGUUCUUCCUGCACCCCUGAAUUCGGAAGCUUCAGGACUCAACUCCAAAUACCCAAGCUGCGAAAGUGUGACAGAUGAAUAUACCGACCACAUCAUUCGGGUUUUGAAACAGGAAGGUGGCCACGGGGACCUCAUCAUGGAUAAUUUCGCCGGUAGGCUGGCUUACAAAGCGGUGAGGUCUGGAAUGCAGCAAGCCACCAGGAAAGUCCGGGUGAAGCACAGUAGGAAGGCUGCUCCUGAAAAGAGCUUCAAGCUAAACAGUAAGCUCGAACUGUUCGAGGCAACGAAACAGGACUUAGAUAGAAAGAAUCAGAACAAUAAUGGCACGACGCUUCACCUCGCGAAGCAACCUUGGAUGAGCAGGUGCCCCUUACACGGGCCCGAACGUUCAAAGUUGCUUGACUUUUCGGAAUCUCUUGCUUGUACAAUCACCUCUGAUGCCAGUGGGACGUUCAUGUCCACGACAAGUUUGCCCAAAUCUUUAACGGAUUCUUGCUUGUACCAACCACCGAGAGACGACAAAGUCACAGAGUUCAAAACCCUGUGGAGUCAAAGACUGCCUUCUUCCCGUUGUAAGCAGAAGCUGUAUCACAGCACGGAGAGUUUGAGGGACUCGACUUACCAAGAGAACAUUUUACAAGCCGUAAACCAAUAUGCGAAGAAGAUCGUAGAUGAUACUUUAGAAGGGAGCUUAGGAUCAGCCACUUGGCAAGCUCCUGAAGGCUGGACAAAUGGAGAGAGGUUAACCUAUGAAGAAAAAAUGACUCCAUUUUCCGUAGCUGCCUGCAAACACUGCGGUUUGAAAGAACAACAGACCUGCAUUGGAGGUUCGUCUCUGGCGCUAGCUGGACGAGAACUUCCUUCUAACGUUAGACAGUCUUCAGAUGGGAGUGUAAACAUCACCUUGCCUAAAUCUCUCGUGUUUCAUUUGGACAUUCCCAAAAUUCACGUUGAUAUGGAGGAGAAGGUCCUAGUUGCUGAAAACCUGUCACCUGUCACCUUGGACCGAGCGAGGAGGCAGCUCAGCAACGCCAGUUUGACGGCGGAUAGUGGAAUCAGUCAAGAUGGAAUCAGUUUUGCCGAAAGUCUAACCACAGAAAUUAUGACUUCCUGCGUGACAAAUAUUGCUCCAGCCAUCAAUAUAAGUGCCAUGGAAACUGGGGGGCCUAAUUCUGCCGAGUCUGUGGUCAGCCAGCAAACUGGAGAUGACGGCACCGGUAGCUGGUCCAACUUGAGUUUUGACGAUGAGCAUCCAGAUGAGAGCAGCAGCUUUCUCCACCUCAGCGAUAGUAAUGGUAACAGCAGUAGCUGGAGCAGUCUUGGUUUAGAAGGAGAUUUGUAUGAGGAGAAUUUGUCCUUCCCGACAUCCGACAGCGAUGGCACAGAAGACAAGGAGGAAGAGCUGAAAGAUUCCAUGGAAGAGUUGAAGAAACCUUCCAAAGCCUUGGUCCUUGUGAAUGUGGACGUUGGACCAUGCAUGGUGGAUCCUCAGCUGAGGAUGACGCUGCAGUGGCUGAGUGCUUCGGAAGCAGAUGUGCCAGAGUUGCGUUUCCAUGAGGACGCACCCAGGGAGUUUGUUCUUCUUUCAAAGACCUUGCAGGAGAAAGGCUGGCGAGUGGGAGACCUCUACCAGGCAGUUCUGAAAUACUGCGAAGCCAUGGAGAAGUCUGCCGAUGGGGACAGAACUCUGGAAAGCAAAACACUUUUUGGGUGGCUUCAGGAGAACAUCUGAAUGGCCCAGGAAAGUUUCUCCUUGAAUUCCACUUAUGAAUCCUCCUGGGAAAAAAAAAAAUGAAAAAGAGAGAGAAUGUGUGCUAACUAGCAAACGUAACAUAAUUUGUGUUGUGAGGCACAUUAAGCUGGAAGUAAAUACUAAGCAUACUGUACUGUCAAGUGGCUUUGUGAAACUUGGGUGUGCUUUUAAUCCUGUGUGUGUAGGAUCUGAGUGAGGUUCUCCACUCGGUCAGUCUUCAUCGGUCUGCAACUCUGCUCUGUUGCAUUCUGUCUUUGAGUGAGGAUUCCUGCCAAACUAGGACAAGGAAUGACCUGUCAUCUCAGUCUAGUUGUUUGUCUCUGUCCUUCGUCUUUGCCAUUUUUCCCUUGCCUCUUUCCUUGGAA